UUUAUUUUAUCGAUAUGAAUGGUCAGCCAGCUUAUCGUAACAUAAGUCAGAAUGUUGAUUUGAAUCAUGAUGCUCUUGGCGGUGAUUCUUUGGAACGAUUGAUGAUGAAAGAUGCUUUAAGAGCUGUUGAGGACAAUCAAUACGAUUUCGAUGCUUGGACAAGGCUUUUAAAGAUAGUGGAGAAAGUCAAUGAUGAGAAGGCAUCUCGCGAUGCUUAUGAUGGAUUUCUUCGACGCUACCCGUACUGUUAUGGUUAUUGGAAGAAAUAUGCCGAUUUUGAGCGCAACAACAAACAUUAUGAAAAAUGCUUGACGGUAUAUGAACGUGGACUCGAAGCAAUUCCAUUGAGCGUCGAUCUUUGGCUUUCAUAUAUUGCUUACGUGAAGGAGAUAGCUCAAGGACAAAGGCAAGCUACUGCAAAGAUUAGAGACGUAUAUACACGGGCGUUGGAGGCUUGCGGUUUGGAGUUCCGUUCAGAUAAGCUGUGGGUUGAGUUUAUCGAUUGGGAGAUUAGCAAUGGUGAAUUCGACAAGGCGAUGAUUCUUUUUGAUGUUCUUAUUUCAACUCCUAUAGCUUUGUUCAAACAGUUUGUAAAUAGUCAAGAGCCUGAUAGAAUACUUACUUCGGAAGAGUACAAUGCCAUUACUGAUCUGAUUUAUCCAAAAAUCAAGGACUCUCUAGAUGGAGAACCUCUCUUUUUUAUGGAAGAAUAUGAAGAUGAUAGUAUUCCAAUAGAUGGAGAAAACAUUGAAGAAGUUCAGCCGAAGACAGUGCGACGCAGGAAGCACAAUGAGCAUGCUUUAAAAGCUUUCCGUGAGGAGAUUAUAAAUCGUAAACACCAGUUAUAUUUGGAGAAUGAACGGGAGGUCAGUAUUCGUUGGGUCUAUGAAAAUGCUAUAAAGAGACCAUAUUUCCAUGUUAAACCAUUGGAGCGUGAUCAAUUGCGUAAUUGGUAUUCUUAUUUAGAUUUUGAAAUUAGAACAGGCAAAAAGACUCGCAUUCUAUUUCUUUUUGAACGUUGCAUGAUUGCUUGUGCAAAUUAUGAAGAGAUGUGGAUUAAGCUUGACGAUUUGGCAUCCGCUCGAAUCCAUUGCCCUAGAAAACCUGGAAUUCAUUUGGCUUAUAGCGCUUUUGAAGAAAAGUUGGGUGAUAUUGAAACUUCUGAGGCUAUAUUGACGGAAUUUGAUCGGCGUCAUCCUGAUUACAUUUCAAUACAUCUACGACUCAUUUCAAUUGAACGCCGUAAAGCCAACAAAAACGGAAAUCCUGAUUAUUCAUCAUUGGUUGCUAAAUAUGAGCGUUUAAUUCAAGAUUCUCCUUCGAAAAAAGUUGCUUCAUUUUGGGCAUUAAAAUUGGCGCGUUUUCAUACCAGAUUUCGUCAUGAUAGAAAGUUGGCUAAAAAAGUCUUGAAAGAGGCUAUUUCUAAAGAUAAGGAUAAUGUGCAGCUUUAUCUACAACUUGUGGAUCUUGCUUACAGUUCAUCUCAUUCUAGAGACAGUGAAAUAAUAGCGGCAUUUGAUACGGCUGUUGACAGUAAGGAUCUUGGCUUAGAAGAACGUUAUCAAUUUUCACUUCGAAAAAUGGAAUUUUUAGAGGAAAUGAGUGGCGAUAUUUCUCGGUUACAUCAACACAUUGAAAAACAUUUAGCACUGGAGAAAACAUUUGAUACGCCUCCUCAAAUGACAAUUUUUCACGGAAAACGAGUUCCUUUGUUUAAAGAAACUUUACCUCAACAAUUGGUUGAUCAAAAACAUUUGAAAGAGGAAGAGCCACCAGAGAAACGUCCAAAAACUGAAAUAAUGGAUUAGAGUGAGAAAAGUUCUUUUUUAACCAAAAAUUUUUUUUCCAUUUUAGCUUUGCUAUCAUUUU